AUGACUCCAAAUGGAACCAAAAAACACCCUCACCAAACCCCGCAACAACUAAACCCCAACAACCUUCCACCUCACUCAACACCCCACAGCCCCGCCCCGCCGCUGCGCGUGUGCCCCAGCCCCGCCCCCCCACGCCCCAUCCCACGCCCUAUCCCGCGCCCCGUCCCCGUGGGUACGCAUGCGCCCAGAGGGGCGGUUCUUCUGACCCCUCAGCCAUCCGCAUCGCGCAGGCGUAGUCGGUACUGGCCCGCCCGUCUCCAGAGCAGGCGCGUUGCCUACCCCGGCAAGCCGGCCGGCUGCUGCACAGGCGCAGUCCGGACCCUUUCGGGAACGUUCUGUCUCGCCACAACCUUCCUCUGCAAGGGAAAUCCUGUCAGGUGCCCACUUUCACCGCUGUCUCCUGCUCUGCCUGCUCCUGCUUUCAGCAUGGUAAAGAAGAAUACUAUCCCCGAUGGAUGGCGAAGUUUGACACCAGUUGGACAGCCUAUACCAGGAACUAGAUUUAUUGCAUUCAAAGUACCUUUAAAAGGGGCAAUUAACCAGAGGCUUACCCCAACCCAGAAAUUUACACCAAAAGACUUAAUAGCUGCAAUGAAAGCCCUAAAUGUGGAGCUUGGAUUAAUUAUUGAUCUAACAUAUACCACACGAUACUAUGAAGUUAAGGAUUUGCCUAAAAGUGUGCAGUAUAAGAAACUUUACACUGUUGGACUUGAAGUCCCCGAUAAUGCUACUAUCCUACAAUUCAAAAAAUGGGUCAGAAAAUUCCUAUGGGAAAAUGCAGGAAAUGAGAAACUCAUUGGCGUUCACUGUACUAAUGGAAUUAAUAGAACCGGCUACCUUAUAUGUAGGUAUCUUAUAGAUGUUGAAGGCUGGGAUCCAGAGGCAGCAAUCCAAGCCUUUGGUGAUGCUAGAGGUCAUCGUAUGGAUGGUCUUGUGUAUCUCACAGAUCUCAGAACACAACCAAUGAGAAGUAACCUUGGAAUGGAUGUCUGGGAUUCAGAUGAAGAUAUUAUUCCCCCACCACAUGCAAUGGAAGGACCUGUAGAGCGGUUCCCAAAUGAAGAUUUUCAGGGGUCUGGAAAAAGAUUAAGAAUUUACGAUGACCACUCUCAUGAUGAUUUGCAAGGACAGAUACAGUUGAGAGAUUUUGAUUUCAUUAACAAGGGACCUGGACAAAGACGAAGACCAUUUCAUGACCAUCAGACUCAGGAUGACUUAAGAGCACCAAUGCAGAUGAGAAAUUGGGACUACAACAGGGGACCAGGACAGAGGCAAAGAUCCUUUACUGAUCACCAGUUUUAUGAUGAUUAUGAAGAAGACAUUCAGGUGAAGGACCCAGAUUUCAGUAACAAGGGACCUGGACAAAGGUUGAGACCCUUUCAUGGACAUCAGUUUCAUGAUGAUUUACAGGCAGAGAGACAGUCAAGGGACACUGAAUUUAACAGAGGUCGUGGACAAAGGCAGAGAUCUUUUCCUGACCAUCCAUCUCAUAAGGAGUUGCAGGAAGACAGGCAGUCAAAGGAUUUUGAUUUUGGUAGCAGGGGCCGUGGCCAGAGACGAAGACCAUUCCAAGACCAUGAAUCUCGUGAUGAAUUUCAGACUCAGAUGCAGAUGAAAGAGUUAGACUGUGUCAACAAAGGUCCUGGCCAAAGACCAAGAUCUUUCCAUGACUAUCAGUCACAUGAUGACUUACAGUCACAGAUGCAACUGGGAGAUUUUGAAUUUGUUAACAGGGGUCGUGGGCAGAGGUUGAGGCAUUUCAAUGAUCACCAGCCUCGCAAUGACUUAAAAACAGAGAUGCAACUAAAAGAUUAUCAUAGUAAAGGUCCUGGACAAAGACGAAGACCUUUUCAUGACCAUCAGCCUUAUGAUGACAUACAGGAACAGACUCAGUUAAAAGAUUUUGAUUAUGGCAAUAAAGGGCAUGGACAAAGGCCAAGACCUUUUCAUGAUCAUCCAGGUCAUGAUGACUUGCCACGUGAAUGGUGUUCCGACAGAAGUCAGUCUUUUUCUUCCCAUGAAAAUGUACCAGAACCUCAUUUCUCCUCAUCUCCUUCACUUCACAGAGAUUAUGGGUCUGAUAAUGAUGACUUUAACAGAAGUUAUAGUAGUCGACCAAAUUGUCCUGAAGACAAUAGAAGAAUGCAUCCCUCAGAUGAAUUUAAUAGAGGAAAAAACAGAUUUGCACCAUAUUCUUCACGAACAAUGCAUCCAUCUUUAUCUGUACACCAAGAAGAUAAUUCAGUAGAUUAUGCAAGAAAACCUUUUCAAGAUGAAACUGUCAGAGAGAUGGAACAAAGCAGAAGAUUACCAGUUGUAACAGUUGAUUACAAUUAUGGUCUGCCAUUAGAUGAGGAGCAAGAGGGAGAACAUUAUGAUUUACCUUCAAGAGACCACUACAACUGGUACUGAAUAAAAAACGACGAUGUUUACUCAGCUUAGACUUACUUUUACACAUUUGACUUUGUAUGUGGACCAAAUUUAUUUUUUUCUUUUUUUCCUCCACGUCAGGAAAAUGCAAAUUUCAGUAGUAGAGAACUGGUCUCUAUUAUAAGAUUAGCUUCUACUGAUGUUUGGUUCUUUAAAUUUAUUAGGGUAUAUUUGCUAAAGUGUAGUUGGAGACAAGGUCUCAAUACACAGGGAAUUAAAGUAAUUUCUUUUAGUGAAAUUGGAAUCCUGUACCUUAAACAACUUUGAGUGACUGUAGUUGUCUUUUGUUUUACCUUUCUUUAAAAUGUGUGUAAUUUCCAGAUGCAGAAGUCGUAAUAAAAUACUGCACUAUGAGGUAAACUAGCACUGAGAUUACAGAAAAAUACUAUGAAAUGAAUGGAACAGAGUUAUGUCCACUUCAUCCUUUAAUUUUUAAACAGAAGUUUGAAUUACUGCUUACAAACUCAGCAGCUUUAUAGUGUAAUUCCAGAUUUUCUGUACCAUCAGCUGAACUCACCUACUCUUUUUUUCCUAGCAGACUUUUUCCCACAUUGCUGAGAACACAGAAGCAAAUGGAGUUUGAAUACUCUAAAUGUCAGACUUGCUUUUCAUUAAUCUGAAUAUCCCGUCCUGAUUGUAUAUUUUUUUCAUGAUCCUAUAGGUUAUAUAUGUUUUAGGAUAGCCCAGUGCAAGUAAAUUUCAUAGUUUUCUCA